UUAAGGAUACUAUUUUAUGUAUUUUGCCAGAGACCCAAGCCAAAGAUAUUGAGCCUGAACCAUUAAGUGACUACAGAUUACUCACCUUUUAUGAACACACUCCAGCCACAAGAAUGUGGACUGUACACUUUGUGGUUACUAAGAACAACACCUCUCACAUUGAAAAAGCAGUAUCUGAGAUGAGUCCAAGGUCAUGUAUUAGAGGUGAUCCUGAGAUUGUGUUUUCAUUUGAUGAUGAGGGACAAAUUGUUUUUGAUAUUAAAUCAUCAUUAUUUAAUGGAUGGGAAUUGUUACCAUUACAAACACCUUGCAAAAUACGUAAAGCUGAUGUUGAUUUUCAUUGUUCUAAUGAUGGUGGUCUUAGUAAGGUGUCUUUGCGUGUUGAAAGUCCACCUCAUUCCAAUAGUUUUACACACAGCAUUACUAUUACUGGAACAAGAGAUCCAUCAUUGUCUAUUGCAAUUACAUGUUCAGAUCCUUCAUUGUUGCCUCCUGUAGUAAGAGAAGAUGAUGUCCCUCCUCCAGUUAAUCCCAGCAUUAGAGAGCUAAUGGAAGAAGUUGCUGCCAAAGCUCCCAAGGAAUGGAUAAAAAUUGGCACAAUGCUUGAUAUUGAUCAACAUGUGUUGGAUGGUUUCAAAUCUCAAUAUAGUCCUGAUUUAAUGGAAUGUUAUCGUGCUGUUUUUAAUCACUGGAAAGAUACUGUUCCACGUCCUUACACUUGGGCUACUAUUGUGAAGGUUUUAGAAUCAGGUGUAGUUCAAAGAAAUGUUCUUGCAGCAGAAAUUAGAAAAAAAUAUAUCUAAGAAAAUUUAAACUGUGAUGUUUUUAACUAUUUUGUUGAUAUUAUAAUUUUGUAUUUUUAAUAAUAAAAAUAGUGUUUCAAUAAUUUGCUACUAUUGUGCAUGUAUGUUAGUAUGUGCAUUCUGUUUGGUAUAUU